CCCCCAUCAAGAUCUGUCAUCCAAGUCUUGACUCGAUUUUGCACUGCCUGGGUUCUUGGUCCUGCCACAGGUCAAAGGUACCCUGGAAUUGGUCAACUUUUGAUUGAGAUAACCCACAAGCCUUUGUCUGCUUUCACUGUACCUUUGAGAGGACUUUCCUUAAGGAGUCUAAAGCCCGGUUUGGAAUCAUGCCCCUCUCAGGAACACCAGCUCCACCCAACAAGAGGAAAAAGCUCUCCAAGAUCAUCACUGACCUGUCACACAUAACUCAGGAUGAGUACGAAUCAGAGCCUGAGGCCUCAGAGUUUGACCUGGGGAAAAAGAUCAAGGCACCCAGGGAUACAAUGCUGGAGGAACUGUCGCUAAUGAAGAACAAGGGCUCAAAGAUGUUCAAGAUGAGGCAGCUUCGUGUGGAGAAGUUUAUCUAUGAAAAUAACCCUGAUCUCUUCUCUAGUGAGACCAUGGAUAACCUCCAGAAGUUUGUGCCCAUUCUGGGGGGCCAGAUGAUGGAUGUUGGUGGCCGUCUGAUUGGUGGACAGAUGUCUGGCCAUGCUGGCGGGGCCGGCCAAGCACCAGUGCCUCCUCCUAAACCAGGAAGCUAUGGCAAGGGAGCCGGGGGUAGGAUGCUAGCAGGGGGGCUCACCGGAGGUGCUGGUGGGGCAGCAGGAGCAGGGGGGAAGGAUGGUGUGUCAGGAGAUGCCUCACAGAUAGGCGAGGCACGUGCUAAGGCUGCUGCGGAAAAGGCGAAAAAAAGAGCUGAAUAUAUGAAGACAUACACUUCGCCUUGGGAACGGGCUAUGAAGGGCAAUGAAGAUCUUCUAGCCACAAUGAAGCCUCAAAUGCCUGGACCCUAUUCUUAUAAAGAGCUGUGCAAAUAUAAGAACUUUAACAGGAGUGCAAUGCCCUUCGGAGGCUUUGAUAAGGCUGCUCAGCUGAUGACCUUCCAGCUGCCAGACAUCGAGGGGGCGACCGAGGAGCUCGAACCAGCUGUGGUGUACCAGCAUGAUGUAAGCUCACGGCCCUCUUUUAACCGCACGCCUAUUGGCUGGGGAGGUAGCGUUGAACCAAGCAACAUUCACAUGGAGCUGGAUGCGAUACCAUUUGAUGGGGAGACUGAUGACCUGUGAAUCUGCCACCCUUCAAACAACACCAAACAAUGAUUUAUACCUGCCCCAAUUAUCCUGCACUGUCAUAACCAGACACAUACAACCAACACAUCAAUGUCUUCUACUAUAUGAAAAAAAUCCAAAAGAAAUGUGAAUAGCAAACCUUUAUCAAUGUAUACAUUUAAUCUGCAUUAGAAUGUAAAUCAGAAAGAUUUUACAAAGACAUGUUUGUCUCAGGAAGUUGAAGUUCAGCAGGAAACUGACGUUUUGAUUUGCUUGAUGUUUGACUAAAGUUUUGAUUUGCUUAUUCUUUUAGCAUCUUGCACUUUUGAGGUGAACAAAUGAUUAUAAUGCGCCCCCGAACAGCAAUCUCCAGUUAGCAGUGAUGUACUGCUUUGCACACGGCUUUUCUCUGUCUUGACUUAUAAAAAAAAUAGGUUUAACUUUGCAAUCUUCAUCCUUUUGAAAGACAUGGUCACACUUUACAAUUCACUACAGUGGUGAGUAAUAGCCAUGAACAUUACUUCAUAUGCAGUUAUGUUGUAUAUGUAACACCUUGCAUUCUGUUACCGUUCUAGCUAUUUAAAUUCAUUAUAUUUACAUACGCACAACAUAUAUACUUUAAAAUAAAGCGUUACCUCACAUUAUAUUAUAUGAAUAAUACAAACAUUAAAGCAAAUACACAAAUCUGGGUUUAUAAAUAAAAACACAAAAACUUCAUGCUUAUAAUAAAGGAUUGAAAUGACUGGUAUAUUUUGUUUGGUCUUUUGUCACUAUAAUUAGAUUUGACGGAAGCAAGUGGGUCAUAAAAAUACUUGCUUGUAUGACACUGCGACUAACACCAAAAGAAGGUGCUAUAGUUCUUACAUGUGAAAUAAAACACAAUGAAAAAGUGUAUUUACCUACUGCCUAUUUAUCAAACUGUAGGAAAAGGGUCUACGUAUGGAAUAACAUACAAUGAACCAUACUACAAUUUCUGCAUCAACGUUAUAUUUGCACAUCGUGCAUUGUAUUCAAAUUCAGAUACCAC